UGUGUGUGUGUGUGUGUUGAUGAGAUGGCUGAAUGCCUCAGCGUGGAUGAAGGCUUGCAGUUUGUCUCAGUGGGGUGUCUUUUUUAGAAGUGUUUGCAUUUUUGCAUUUCUCUCUUAUUUGAGUGCAUUUAUGUGUGUGACCUCAUUUCCCACCUUUUUUGUUUGUUUGCAUUUGUAUGCACUUUGGACUUUGACAUAAAAUAAAAGCAUACUUUGCAUUUCGUUGCAACCGUACCAUCAUUAGGUGCAAACUUGAGCGUGGUGCCGGCUCCCUCAAACUCCUUUUAAGCUGUCGGAUAUCAUCCUGCAGCUUUCAGCCCUUCUGUGGCACAACACACACCAGAACAGUUUAAUUAGUGUGAGCAACAAAAUCUGUUAAAAAAAGAAAAGAAACAGAGUUGUAGUCUCCUAGAAAGUGUUGCAUCCUCCUAGAAAUCAUCCAGAUUUUUCUCUACCUCCCACACCGUGUCUAAAAAUGAUAGGGAAUCUUUCUUUGACCCAGAUCCAAAUCCUCGGGGAGGAGCAGGAUUGUCAUAGAAAAGGAGGAUUUAAGACGACUUCGCCAGUCAGACAAGACUUCCGUGGAGAAUUGACUAGUGGGACUGAGAAACGGAGCUUAAAUCCAAACUAAAAAUAUCUAACUGCAGGGCCCGCUGCUGCAAUAGAGCACUACUCCAGUGAAGAGGAAGUGGAGACGAUAAUAGCAGAGGGGAAGGCGAAAUUAAAGUGCUCAGAGUGUUGUUUGAAGACUGCAGGGUCCCGAGGGUGGAGGGAGAAAUACUCGCUGUAUAUACAGCAGCCUUCAUGGGAACAUGUUCUAACUGAGAUCUGUUUUUACAUCGUCGGACUUCUGUUCGUCCCAAAGCUCAACUGUAACUGCAAACACCACAGUGUCCUCUUCAUUAGGAAUGCUGCCGUACCGUUUAGUUAUUGUGAGAGCUUGAGUACUUUUGUCAGGUAUUUUAACAUGUUAGCUCUCACAGAACUACGUGAAAAAGAUGUUUGUCUUUGACCUUUGAUAUGGUAUAUCCAGUCAUCUCUUGUAUUUGAGUUUUGAAGUAGUGGUAAUCUGUGAUGUUCUUGCCAGUUUCACACAAAUAUAUUUAAAAACCAGUUCUGACAACAUUUUACAUUUUGUCGAUGUUCACGUUUGUGAAAAAUCUCAGUAAAAAAAGCGACGCUGCAACAUUGGUUUGUUUAUAAUAAACAGAAGAAGAACGGAGCAGUAAACACGACCUGAAAAUAAUCCACAGUGGUUUUGAACGACUCUUCUGUGUAGUGUAGUGAAACAACCAUCUCACAGAUUGGAGCAACACCCCAGAUGGUGGCAUAUCAUGUAAAUAUCAACAAGAAAAAAGUCCCAGACUCUUCGCUCAGAAGAUUUUUAUCACAAAAAGAAGACGGGACACAGAUGGGACAAGAAACACAAACAGUCACACAGUCAAACCCACAGGUUAGACGAACUUAAACGCAACGGCUGUUGUAGACAUUCAUCGCAGCCUACAGGCCAACUUCCUGCUUCACACUUUUCCUUUGCAACGAGACAUUUUACCAACAUGCAUUCACUUUUGGUUUAACUUGUAAAAAACAUGAACAAUGGCUCUGUUAUAUUCAAGUGUCCCAGUAACCCGUGACAGUGUGACAGAGGGGCAAAAUGCACAACACCAGGACCCUGAAACUAAAGCAGCUACAUGAAAUUCAGCUGUUUUUCAUUUUAUAAUUUAAUCCUGGGCUUUUCCUUCUGUGACGCGUGAAAAUAGACCAACAAUAUAUUAAUGCAAGUUGCAGGUAAUCACUUUUUUAGUGCCAAAAAACCCCAAAAGUCUUCAUUUAGAUGCUCCAAAUUUUAGAUGCUUGUCUUUGCUUCAAAUUUGUCACGCCUCUUUUAAUCUUAUGUUCCUUUACAGUUCUGCAGUGUGACUAAAAACCUGCUUCUCUGUUCAAUUAAACAGUAAUUCAAAAUUGUAAUUUAUUUAUUCAUUCAAUAUUUGUGAAAAGGCUCUCCAGAUGCCUCUCAGUGAGGGCUCUCAUCAGGGAGCUGCUGGGUGAGUCUUACUGCCUUCAAUGUGGAUUUGAGGGAAUUAAUUUAAAGCAGCUCUUGAUAUUUGAGGAAAGACACGAAGUAAGAAGGCGUGUUGCGUCGUUAUGAUAGGACUCUGGAGACAGUCCCAACCUCUCGUUGCCUCGUGGGAAUGAGGAAUAAGGGGAUUUCUGGUCCUUUGCUUAUUAGCAUGAUGAUCCUUUUGGUUUCAUGUUUUUCAUUCACUGUGUGGAAUUUGCAUUUUAUUAUUAUUUCAUUGCUCAAUUAAUUUCUCCAUGAUUGUCUGUAGCUAUAUUGGUAAGAAUAGCUUUAGAAAUGUGCAUUAAACCAGGUAAAGCAGAUGAGAAUCAUCAUCUGAUCGAGGUGUGCUUGUUUUUGACUCUGAAUACUUGACCCGUGCUGCAGUCUCUCUGCAGCACAGUGCAGCAUCGUCCUGCUCCCAAUGAAACUACUUCUGCUUCCCAAAGGACGACAAGGGCUUGUGCUUCGUUAGCACUUUAGCUGACAACCUCUUCUUUUAAAGUAUGCAUGUACUGAUACAUGUAUUGUUUUCUAAUUUGUUUUGGUGAUAGAUUCAUACUCAUGUGCUCCCAUUUUCGACGCAGCUGUUGUGAAAAGAUAGUUGAAACUGUUCACCUCCUUUUCUUAAGGACGAGCUGACACAAAGCUUGCAGAUCCUCCACCGCCACCAUGUGCUGUAGGACACAUCUCUGCCUCCAUCUGUCCCUCUGUCACCCUGACUCACGUCUGAACGAGCAACAUUACUGCCACCGUCUAAAUAAAAGAUAAAGAUCACUAAAUAAUUACGGCCAGAAUCGUGCGUAGAUGUAGCAAAGUCUCAGCUACGCCAUAUCUUUCCUUGCAGCUCUCUGAAGCAGUGAAUUCUGGCUCAGAAACAGACAAAAAGGGCUGCAGUGACUCAGCUGUUUCUACCUGCAGAUGAAGUCUGCCCGGUGACAGAAGCUGCAGGACAUGAUGGAUGAUUCAUGGCUCCUAUUUGUCGGAUAGUUUACUGAGCUGAGUAAAUGAAACAUAAAUCUUAAUGCAGGACCUCGAUACUGAACUCUGACAGUGUUGAAGGUUCAGUGAUGUUAAUGAGGCGAGACUUACUGUUUCAGCUUCUCACAUGUGGUGAUUUGAUGCUUUUCUUUAUGAUAUAUCAUAUAUGAUAUUAAAGUGAAAUGUAUCUGGGCUUCGUAACUGAAUCUGAAUGCAUCACCUGAAAUUAUGGCAGGCCCAAAAAGUUGCAUAAGCAAACGUUUUUGAAUAAGGACCCCUUAAAAUUGGUUAUUAAAUAAGCUUGUCAGAGCUCUCUCGCGGACAAACUAUGUGACAUAUUUAUCUGUAUACAUGUAUUAGACAUUGGUGUACUUUUAUAUUGAUUUGCAGACAUAUACAAGAAUACCAAUAUAUAGUGUGUAUAUUAGUGAUAAGUUGAUAUCAGCUGAUUUACUGGCUUUGCCAAAUUAUCAGCAAGGCUCCUCUGUGUGUCUAGAUGUCUGAGGAUGUUCGGGCCAAUCUGAGCAGCUGGUCGAUGACGCUGAUAGAAGUGUAGACGAUAUCUGACUCAGCUGGUUUGUGAACAGACGGGUUGCAGCCAGAAUGAGACUUUUUGUUUGUGUAUCUGUGAGUUAAGUUACGCUCUUAAAUGAGGUAAUACUUCACAGAGCUCAACUUAUGUGAUGAUGACUGUCGUGUUAUUGAACAAAACACCUCAGCUCCUGUGAGUAGGUUGGCAGAUUAAAUGAGUUGAGAGGAGGUGGAAAGGGUUUAAAAGAUGAUGCAUAAAAGCAACAUGUGAUUUGACUGAGCGUGUGGAAGAAUAGUACAUGAAAUAAGGAGUUGACAUUACCAGGGCGGCUCUAAUGAGGAUACAAAAAAAGAAGAAGAAAAGGCCAUGGGAGGGGCAGAGAACAGGAAAUAGUUGAUGGAGAAUCAUGACCCCUCUGUGCAGCUGCACUGAGAGGAAGUAGAGGAAGGGAGACAGAGAGUCACUGAUGGUUGUGACAGCGAGGCUGGUCGAGCAUCAGAGCUGCUGGCAUGAGUCUGUCUUCUGACUGUCAAAACAAGAGCGUCGCUCCCCUGGGUGACAUGUCAGCAAAGGACCAACGUAGCGAGAAGCAACUCAGAAAGUGCUGUGAGUGCAGCGCUUCGCUGUCCCACUGGUAUUAUGAAAAAGAUGGACGGCUCUUCUGCAAGAAAGACUACUGGGCCAAAUUCGGGGAGCUGUGCCACGGCUGCAACGACCCGAUCACCACCGGCCUCAUCAUGGUUGCAGGGGAACAGAAAUAUCACCCAGAAUGCUUCACCUGUCUGAACUGCAGGAUGUUUAUCGGGGAUGGCGACACAUACGCUCUGGUGGAGAGAUCCAAACUCUACUGCGGUCAAUGUUACUACCAGACCAUCGUCACGCCGGUGUCUCUGUCGGACACGCCGGGCUCACGGAUCCCUCACACGGUCACACUUGUGUCCAUCCCGGCAUCCGCCGAGGGGAACAACGGACGCAGAGGACGAGGUUUCUCUGUGGCCAUCGACCAGCCGCUCAGCCCGACCAACGGCUACAGCCCUGAACAUGGACCCACUGUCAGAGUCUCCCAGGUGGAACCAGACUGCAUCAGUCCAGAUGUGAAAAACUCCAUUCAUGUUGGAGAUAAGAUCCUUGAAAUCAACGGGACGCCCAUUCACAAUGUCCCUCUGGACGAGAUCGACCUGCUCAUCCAGGAGACGAGCCGGCUGCUGCAGCUCACCAUCGAACACGACCCUCACAGUCUGGAGGGAGGCUCCUCAGAGGCUGAAGAGCAAGUGGACGGGCCUCUGUCCACCCCGCUGUCAGGGGGCCCCAGCCCCAUCCUGCCCAUCACACAGCCCCCCAACCCCGACAUCAACAGCCUGAGAUCCCGUAUCAUCACGAGGAGCUACAGCAUUGAUAAGUCACCAGGCUCCAGCAACGCAGCGUCCCCCAUCUCCCAGAGGAAGGACAUCAAUCGAUCCGAGUCGCUCCGCGUCGUGUCCAAUCAGACGCAUCGCAUCUUCCGCCCAUCUGACCUCAUCCAUGGAGAGGUGCUGGGGAAGGGCUGCUUUGGACAGGCCAUCAAGGUGACCCACAAGGAAACUGGGGAGGUGAUGGUGAUGAAGGAGUUGAUCCGCUUUGAUGACGAGACACAGAGAACAUUCCUGAAAGAGGUGAAGGUCAUGCGUUGCCUGGAUCACCCCAACGUGCUCAAGUUCAUCGGAGUCCUCUACAAGGACAAGAGGCUCAACUUCAUCGCAGAGUACAUCAAGGGAGGCACCUUGAGAGAAAUCAUCAAGAAAAUGGACAGCAACUAUCCCUGGAACCAGCGGGUCAGUUUUGCCAAGGACAUAGCUGCUGGGAUGACAUAUCUGCAUUCCAUGAACAUAAUCCACCGGGACCUGAACUCAUACAACUGUCUAGUCCGAGAGAACAACACAGUGGUGGUGGCAGACUUCGGGCUGGCGCGGCUCAUGGUGGACGACAAGCACGAGGAGAAAUUGUCGCACGGUAAACUGCCCGGCCUCAAGAAGCACGACCGUAGAAAGAGGUACACCGUGGUGGGAAACCCCUACUGGAUGGCUCCUGAGAUGAUCCACGGGAAGAGCUACGAUGAGAGAGUAGACAUCUUUUCCUUUGGCAUCAUGCUCUGCGAGAUAAUUGGCAGGGUGAACGCAGACCCAGACUACCUCCCCAGGGCAAUGGACUUCGGACUGAACGUGUCUGGUUUCCUGGAGCACUUCUGUCCCGCUAACUGUCCCCCUGCCUUCUUCCCCAUGGCUGCUGUGUGCUGUGACCUUGAUGCAGACAAACGGCCGGCUUUCUCCAAACUUGAGGGGUGGCUGGAGAACCUGAAGAUGCACUUGGACAUUGGUCUACCGCUGGUGUCUGAAGUGGACCAGCUGCACAAGGCCUUCUGGGUGAAAGCACAGCAUCGUGCGCCCUGAAAAUGGCCUGCACACCCACCCCGAACAGCCGGAGUAAGGCUUAACACGACUGGAGGAGUGGGAAGUUGGAGUAACCCCCACAUGGGCAGCGAUCAUCUGCCUCAUGGCGGAGCAAAGGCCGGAGGAGUCGUGUUUAUGCUCCUCCACAUUUGAAGCUGCGGGCGUAGGCUUGCUCAAGCUUAACGAGCAGACUCAGGGGAAAACGUGGAUCUGAAAAGCCACCUGUGCAAGACGCACACACACACAUUCAAAGUCAAAUCAAGAGACAUUAACUACGAGAGCUUGAUUCUGCUGCACCCGAAGCUAAAGUGGAACGUGUCAUAUGCAAUCAGACCCAACUUUCAAAUCAUGACUAGACUCUUGAAUCAUGUAGAUUUAACUUUAGCGGUCAUACCAUUCAAAAAUACUUAGUGUAUUGUGUAUAUUCAUAAGGACAAAGUAGUCCAAAAGACCAGGCAUAAAGCAAAGCUUCAGCCUCCUCACUUUGGGCCUCUACAUUGUGCAGUACUGUACGUGUUUGCAGGUGUUUCUGUGUGAGUUUGGUUUGAUUUUGCUUUUUGGUUUUAGAUAUCAAAACUGAACUUAGGAAAAAUGCAGAGGAGAGGGGCCCGCCUGUCGCUUAAGACACAAAGGACGAGAUCAACUUGCUGACCACUUGUACAAGUCCAACUAAACCUUUCAAGCUUUAACUAAUUCACUGAAGAAUGCAUGAGUGUAAAUAAUGCUGUCAGGUCACGUCCUGGUUCAUCGUGUCCUUCUGACCUCAUUUGGUCACAAACUGCGAGACCUACAUGCGUCUGUGGCCCCUCUCCCUCAUUUAUUGUGUAGCACUGACUUUACAUUGAGAUCUUUUGCAUAGAUUCGGUACAUUUUAAAGAGCUGUUAGCGCAUCUCAUUCACAUUGACGUGGCAUCUUAUACAUUCAAACACAUACCAGUGUACAUUGUAAAUGUUUUAAAUAUUGUAAAUGUACAGACAUAUUUUAUAUACCUAUGCUACAUUGCCAUAUUUUUAUUGGCCGACCAGUUGACAUUAUGGAGAGUAAAAGUUUGACUGCAGUCGAUAGGGCACAGCUGAAAGCUUUGCUGUUGUUUUUUCUACAUUGUUGCUACUGUGGCAGGUUAGAGGCUUUUAGCGUUUGAGAUAAGAGGAAUCUUAUCACCACAAAAUACCCCCUACCCUCAGUUUAAGCUCAGUAAAUGUUACAGUCUGUCAUCCAAAAAAGUGUUUCUCAACACUUGACCUGCCAUCUUUUCAUUCGCUGGAGUAAAUUUAAUUGUAAUACUGGACUAUUAAAUCAAAUUAAACUUGCUGAUGUAAAUCUGCAUAUUAUCAUCAACUCUAAUAUUAUGUGAUUUUAGAAUUUUGAGGGCAAUCAAAUGUUCCUCACUUCCUCACUCUCAUCUCAUGUACUGUAAAGUAGUUCAGGUGUGAUGAGGUCCUGCCUCAUCAUGUCAGCUGUCUGUCCACAUAUUUGUCUCUCCUCCUGUGGACGACCCACUGUGUUUACAUGUACAUUCCAGCUGUAAAUAUCAUGUAUAUAUAUGCGUCUGUCCGUGCAUCUGUCUGCGUGCAUUGCGUAAAUAUGCUCACUCCUCAGAAAUCAUUUCUUCCACUGUCAGAUAUCUCUCUUGCACCUUCUAACAUUAAUGAUCUGUCUCUAAUCUAAAAAUCUUUCUUUUUUUUAAUUUCCUGCUGCUGUUUUCUCAAACUGCAUGAUGUACUCGAUCUGCUCAACUUCUAAACCACGCUAUGUUUUGUCUCUAAAUGAUGUGAUUUUAAAUAAGAAAACUAAGAGUGAAAGACAAAGAAAGUCCAGCUAAACAGGAAAGAGUAAAAACACAUCAUCUGUUUUUUUAUAUAUAAAUACAACCACUGAAAUCUUUUUGUAUAGAUUUGAGUACUUUAAUUUGCACUAUAUUACCAAAUGGGUGGUUGAAGCCAUGUUUGUUAAUUUCCUCUCUUGGGCUACUUGUGAUAAGGAAAUAAAUGAUGUCGGUUCAGGUAGAUAAAUAUGAAUGCAAGACACUGAUGGAGCCUUUCAACUGUAAACAUGGGACCUGGGAAAUGCAUCCUCUUGAUAGCGAACCGUUUCUGAAUAUUUACAUGCAUUUGUGUGCAUGGUUCAACAUUAAAGUCAUAUAUCUAUGGAAAGCAUGACUAUAUUUUACUUUUCAAGCUUUGGCAUCAAAAUGUCUUUGCUACCGAGAGGAUGUGUUGUCCCAGGUCUGCCUGCUGCCUACAGACUGGUCCUUUGCGAAUGAUGUUCUGUGUUUUUUCUGACUGCUUGGUUUUUGUGUGUGACGCCCACAGAGGCUGCAACCCACUGCUGGUAUUUCCGAUAUUAGAGCACUUAAACUGGCCUGACUCACCUUCUCACCUCCUCGUCACACUCCGUUGGCUCAGGGCCGUACUUUUCUGGAUCUUUCUUAUUAAUUCAGUUAACUCAGCAGGCUUAAUAGGAGAGCAGGAUCCAAACACUUAACAGUGAGACUCACAGAGCAUGUAACCUUCUGUCAAUGUAAAGUGCUGAUAACACAAAAUAUGCUUCUGUAGAACAAGCCCCCGCUGGUUGGUGUGUUCGUCCGUGGGCAUGCAGUGUACAUGCGUGGCUUUGCCGUGUUUCUGUUCUGUCCAGCAUGUUAGGUGUGUCUGUGAGGACGUGUUGAGGAUCAAUGAGAAUGUUGCCGCAGCACUUCUUUGCAAAGGAUCGUUACCUCUGAACAAUGCUGUGCCUUUGAUGUAAGCUAGCCUUUGCCAACGACGCGAAAACGUGAACUGAUUUCCUUUUUUUUUAAUGUAUCAUAAGUGCAAGCCUGAUUUAAGUGGAUUGAAUAUCAUUGCUGAUACAAUGUUGUAUGAGAUCUCAUCUUGUUCUGUAUUCUAUUCAUGUUUUCCAGAUCUCCAUUGUUAGUUUGGAUAUUUUAACAUUUUGUUUUUGGUCUUAUUUAAAUUUUUUUAUACAAGCUGUGAAAACAAUUCUGCACUUUAAUCCUGAACGUGAACAUUUAGACUCUGAGGAGGUGACUGUUUUUUCCCCCCUUUUGUCACAGCUACAAAUAAAACUGUUGCUUCUAAAACAAA